AUGCCCGCACAGAGCAUUCACCCCCCCACUCCGGCCGCAUCGGCGCCCAUGGUGCAGGCUCACGAUCAUGCCUUCGAGCAAUUCGGGAGCCUAGCUAAUGCGCCUGCCGCCGACUACUCAGACUCAGACUCAGACUCGCACUCAGAUUCGGAUUCGGAUUCAGAUUCUCUCGACAGUCAGGCAUCGCGGAAACGGAGGAAGACCUCCCCAGCCCAUGGCGCGGACGAGAAGGUGAGUGAUAGCGACAGCGACAGCGACGACGACGAUGACGGCCCCCGAGUCCCGAUCCCCAUUUCUUCUCUUCCGUCGCGGAUCAGGACCAAUGCCAAAUCGAAAGCGAAGGACGGCCCCACGCCCCAGGCGAACAUGGGAUCAAUUCUGGCUCCCGUCGACCAUCAGGCUACCUUCGCCUCGUUAAAUGUGAAGCCGUGGCUGGUCAACUCCUUGGCCAGUAUGGCAAUCAGAAGGCCCACCGGAAUUCAGAAGGGUUGCAUACCAGAGAUCUUGAAGGGCCGGGAUUGCAUUGGGGGGAGCAGGACCGGUUCGGGGAAGACGGUGGCAUUCGCAGCUCCAAUCCUUCAGAAAUGGGCGGAGGAUCCGGUGGGCAUAUUUGCCUUGGUCCUGACCCCGACGAGGGAACUGGCGCUACAAAUUUUCGAGCAGUUCAAGGCAAUAUCCUCUCCCCAUGCCCUCAAGGCGGUCCUGAUUACCGGGGGAUCUGAUAUGCGCCCGCAAGCAACGGCUCUAGCCCAGCGGCCACAUGUGGUCAUUGCAACUCCAGGCAGGUUGGCCGAUCACAUACGCACGUCGGGGGAAGAUACGAUCUGCGCUUUGCGCCGGGUACGGAUGGUGGUUCUCGAUGAGGCGGACAGGCUGCUGGCGGGCGGGGCAGUGGGCAGCAUGCUACCGGAUGUCGAAGAAUGCUUAAUGAUUCUUCCUCCCCCGGCGAAAAGGCAGACUCUUCUUUUCACGGCCACCGUGACUCCCGAGGUUCGGGCACUAAAAGAACGUCCCCAAACCCCAGGAAGGCCGCCGGUGUUCGUCUGCGAAGUCGACACCGAGAAACUCGCAAUCCCCGCUUCUCUUAACCAGAUGCAUCUGCAGGUCCCAGUCACCCAUCGAGAGCACUACCUACACAUGCUCCUGCUCACAGAUCGCAACCUCCCGAAAUCGGUGAUAAUAUUCUGCAAUCGGACCUCGACCGCCGACUUCCUAACCCAUCUACUACGCCUGCUGGAGCAUCGGGUUACGGCCCUGCACUCAAAGCUUCCACAGCGGCAAAGGAUCGACAAUCUGGGCCGCUUCCGGGCCUCCGCUGCGAGGAUCCUCGUGGCAACAGAUGUUGCCGCCCGUGGGUUGGAUAUUCCUGAGGUAGGAUUGGUCGUCAACUAUGACAUCCCUCGUGACCCGGAUGACUACAUUCAUCGGGUUGGUCGAACGGCUCGAGCGGGGAGGAAGGGCGAAUCGGUCACAUUUGUCGGACAGCGAGAUGUGCAGCUUGUCCAGGCAAUUGAGGCGCGGGUCGGGAGGCAGAUGGAGGCCUGGGAAGAGGAGGGCGUGAAUUUGGAGACCAGGGUGAUUAGGGAAGCGUUAAAACUGGUGGGAGAGACGAAGCGGGAGGCCAUGCUGGAGAUUGAAGAAGGGAGAGAGGUUGGGGGCAAGCGGAAAAGGGGCAUGAAGAAGCUAUAA